UUUUCUCUUUUCUUCUUCUUUAUUAUUAUGACUAACCACUGGAAUAUUACUAUCCCCGAGACUCCUUCUCCUAACUAUGUUAUCGUUAAGAACAUUGCCCUUCAAUCUACUGAAAAAACAGUCAAAGAAUUCUUUUUGUUUUGUGGCAAAAUCAAGGAAUUUGAAUUAAAAGUUGAUGAAGAUGAUGAAAAGCACAAGGCUGCCUUGAUUCAUUUUGAAAGAGAAAGCGCUGCCAAGACAGCUGCUCUCUUGAGUAAUGCUUUGCUUGAUGAUAGUCAUAUUGUCGCAACACCUUAUUUUGAUGUUCCUUCUGCUGAAACACACGAAAGAACUGUUGAAGGUGAACAACAAGAAACUCAAGAAACAAAGCCUAAAUCUCGUAUUGCUGCUGAAAUCUUGGCUAAUGGAUACAUGCUUCAAGACCAUGUUGUUGCAAAGGGACUUGAAUAUGACAACAAGUACAAUGUCUCUUCUCGAUUAACUGGUUUCUUGAACACACUACAGUCCAAUGUUAAGCAAUUUGAUGAAAAGUAUCGCAUUUGGGACAAGGCAGUCAAUAUUGAUCAAAAGUACAAGAUUGGUGAAAAGGUUCAAAACGCCGCUCAAACAGCUCAAUCUAAGGCUCAAGCUGCUCUUCAAACACCUACUGGACAAAAGGUACAUGAUCUUGCUCAACAAACACUUGCUCAAGUAGCUGCUGUUCAUUAUGAAGCCAAGCGUAUUCAGGGUGAAAAAUUGAAUACUGAUGCUGGUAAAACUCAUGCCACUACUGCUACUACUACUACUACAACCACAGAAUAAAAUUAUGUAAUUUGUAUUAUUGUA